CUGCACAAAGUUCUGCAGGGUACUAACUAGCUCGGUGACGAGGUUCUUGCGGAAGACUGCAACUCGCGCGUCGAUUUUUUUUAUAUCCCGGAAAAAUGCGCAAGUUAUUUCGAUCGCCAAUAUGAGAUCUUUAAAAUUUGGUGGUGUGGAAUGUGAUUGUUUAUUGUCGUUGGAAAGUUGUUAAAUGGGGCAGUGGCAAUUAAUACAAGGGCAUGCGGGGGGCCAAACGGCGGUUUCUAAUAACCGCUUCUGUCAUUAUCGGCAUCUUUGCACAUUUACAGAUUACGGAAAGGAAUCUCAAACAAUUACUGAGUAGAACGGAAUGGCUUUCGAUUAUGGGAACUUCAAAUAGCGAUUAUUCAAUCACCUACCCAUCAUUCCAUAACCCACGAAUUCGACGAUCAACGAAACGAAACGGAUCGAGCACAAAGCACCUGGUGUUGAAUGCACCAACUUGGAAAAGUACGUUCGAUUUGGAAUUGACUCCCAGCCCAACGUUGCUCGCGCCCACCUUCGCAAUUUUCGAAACAUUUUCGAACAAUUCCCAAAUCAUACCAUAUAACAAAGACGAUGUUGCCUGCCAUUACCGGUCCGAAAAGGCCGCUCUAAGCUUGUGCGGAACUAUACGUGGAAUCGUCCACUUCGACGAAAGCCAUUACUACACCAUUCAUCCAUUGCCGGGUAGAUUCGCCCGGAAUAGCUCGGUACCGCAUAUCCUCGUCCGCAACAACUUCAAGCAUUCGAAACCCUCCAGACAAGGUUGCGCUCACGGCCACCGAAAAGUGUCCCAUUCCAAAACGAAAGACGCACCGUGGCGAAGCAAGAGAGAGCUAUUCCCAAUCGACGGCCCAAUUUUCGUCGAAACCGCCGUCUUCGUCGAUCGCGACCUUUUCGACCACAUGCAAUCGAAUUAUCCCGUCGACACCGAAAGGGAGCUGAUACGUUUCGUACUGGCAAUGAUAAACGCUGUACAAUUACUCUAUCACGAUCCGAGCUUGGGGCGACCCGUCAAUUUUCUACUGAAACGUCUCGAGAUACUCAAAGAGGAGGCGCCCGGUUUAUCCAGGCCUCCGGACAUCGACAGGUACUUGUCGAGUUUUUGCAACUGGCAAAGGACCAAGAAUCCGGCCGGAGAUCGCGAACCGCAGCACUGGGAUCACGCGCUGAUACUGACGGGACUUGAUCUGUACGUCAGGAGCAAGCAUGGGAAAAUUUCUAGCCAGGUGGUUGGCUUGGCGCCCGUUGCUGGCAUGUGCGCACCUACUAGUAGCUGUACUGUAAACGAAGGGCGCCACUUUGAAAGCGUUUACGUGGUUGCACACGAGAUUGGCCACAAUUUAGGGAUGAGGCACGAUGGCCCACUUGCUGAUAAUGACUGUGAUCCUAGUAGUUAUAUAAUGUCGCCGACUUUAGGAAGUGGAAAGAUCACCUGGUCCUCUUGCAGUCGUAGAUAUUUGCAACAGUUUUUAGAUACUCCCCAAUCCCGCUGUCUUCUUGACCACGGCAGUUCUGCUGGGCAACUCGAUCAUAGCGCCGAAGGUGCUCUCCCUGGCGAGCGAUUCGAUGCCGAUCAACAGUGCAUGUUAAAAUACGGCCAAGGUAGUAGGCAUUCUUCGCAACAACCCCUAGACGAUGUAUGUAGAGAUUUACAUUGCGAACGCGAGAGGUACACGUGGACCUCUCAUCCCGCGUUGGAAGGUACAGUCUGCGGUCCCAACCUGUGGUGCAGAGGAGGAAAGUGCGUGAUUAAAGGACUCACCACCAACGCCGCUUACAUUAUGUCAGCUGGAGCGUCGGACGCAUCCGAUGUGGUUAACGGUGGUUGGAGUCCAUGGAGACCCUUUAGUGAUUGUGCUUCUGGUUGCCUUUACGGCGAAGAGGGGAGGUUACGUGCCGGGAGUACCGGAAUUAUGGUAUCAACAAGAAGCUGUAAUAAUCCACGGCCACAAGGGGGAGGCAAAGAAUGCGAUGGGAUAGAUAAGAAAUAUCAAUCUUGCAACGCGAAACAAUGCCUCAAUGUACCUCGUCUUACGAUUCGAGAGUUUGCGGAACAAAUAUGUAGUCGGGCAAAAGAUGUUGACAAAGAUCUGACUGGGUCUGGGUUCCAGCGAAUUAGUUCUGAUUCUGAAGAAGCGUGUACCGUAUGGUGUCAAAAGCGCAACGGAGGACAAAAGAGUCGAGGAUGGACCUUUCCAGAUGGAACCGCGUGCCAAAUCGAAAGAAGUCACAGGUACACAAAGCCAAGUUAUUGUAUAAACGGGCACUGCAAGGAGUUUGUGUGCGAGCCCUACGAUGAAGUACCAUUCGCUCAAUUGCCCGAUUUGUGUCCCUAUGACAGAGAAGAUAACGAGAUAUCGUGGUCCACGCUGCUACGCCGAGAUAGUCGAGAUCAAUGGAGCAGUGCGAGUGGAUGUCAUUUUAACUGCAUUUCUCCCGGAUCCGGAAUACGAUUGGUGGUCAAUAAGUUAAAACGCGCUCGGUCCAGUAUACAGUUGUGCUACCCCGACCAAUAUGGUUGCAACCGUAUAAAAAGCGCGUAUCAACAUGCGUCACGUGUUUGCAACGAUUAUAAGGAGCGUGUCAGCAGGUUGUCCGGUUUUGGGAUGCAGCUAACUUCAGCAGUAGAGGACCCAGACCGGCCUUGCCGAGUAGCAUGUCAAGAUGAGAAUAUAAAUCAUCGCUUCUAUUUGGUAAAUGGAGAAGAAGGUUGGUUUCCGUUUGGUACCGACUGUUCUAAAGGUGCUCCAGAUAAAAAAGCGUUUUGCAUUAGCGGAAAAUGCCUGAAAUUUGGCCCAGAUGACACGCCACUGUCCGAAAGUGAAUUUACCCUUCCUUUGCUUUCACGCACAAAGCGAUCUUUGCAUAAUAACGGUACAAAAGUGACAGCAAUUUUAGACGAUACGACUUUAGAAGAUAUUAUUCGAAGUUUUAACAGAACUCUGACAGGGGACUAUCCAAUACCUCAAAUUCCACACUACGAUAUCGACUUAAACAACCCAAUACAUGUUAAUAUGGAUAUGGAUAUGACUGCCUUAGAUGAACCUGCUACCUACUACUACCCUGUAAAAAUCGGACGUGCUUAUAUUUAUACCUAGAAACAUAGUUUGUCAUCAUUUGUAAUAUACACUAUACUUUACUUACCAUUCAUUAAAAAAACAAAGACUAUA